CUUAUUCACGCGAAAAUCCUUCCAUUUUAGACUUUCUUUCCAAAAUCUCUCUCAUUUUCACUUUGAUUUCCUCACGCCUCAUCACUUUUACAUUCUUCUUCUUGUUAUAGAUAUCUUCGUUUAUCUUCUCUAUUCUUCAUGUAACUGCAAUCCUUAAAUCCGAUAUCUUGUUUCCCACUUCAUAAAUUGUGCUCAAAGCUCUCUCUUUUGUAUAAUGUAAUCUUGGUUUCAACUCUUCUUGUUCGUUGGUCAAUGCCCACUUCCUUCAAAUUUGAAUAAACCGAUUUUCUAAUGAGGUCAAUCAUGUCUUCUCGUUAAUCCUGCUGUGUCGUGUCCGGUUUCUUUGAGUUUUAUUGAGGCCCAUUUGCUUUAAAUCCUGUUUGUGAUAAUGGGAUUUCGUUAAUUUGGAAGUUUUUGUGCUCAAAGUUUAAAAGUUCUCUACUUUGACUUGUGCUUUACUUCAAUUUUUAAGUCAGCAUGUAAGUUAUAUCAUGUAAGUUUUCUUGUAAUGCAUUUUGUUUUUGUUGAUGCUCUUUUUGGCGGGAUUCAGUUGAUGAGUAAGUAGAAAACAGUUAAUGAUGGAUCUUAGUAUUGUUGAAGUUAGUCGUUAGUUGAAUUUCUGAGGUUAUGGAGAGCAUCUGUUCAUUCCGUUAACUUGGACUUUUUUCUCUGAUCAUUAUGGAUAUUGUUCGCUAAUAUCUUUGAUUUUCUGUUUUCACUUUUAUAUGGAAUCUAAGUAAUUUCAGUAGUGACUCCUAACUGAUUCUUUGUUCUUUAUAGCAAUAUAUUCAUAUCAUUCUUUAUAGAUUACACGAAAUGUAAAUUUUUUUAAAAAAAUAAUUGGAUUAUUUACUUAUUUAUGCAUCCAAAAAUGGUGAAUUCACAUUUUAUUCUGAAAUUUUAUAUGAGGAAUAGGAAAUACUUGUCUUUCUGCCCAUAGGUCCUUGUCCUUUUCUUUGCUUAUGCAAGUCUAGUUGCUAGAUUGGCCUCUCGAGUCACUUUAAUCUGUGUUUCAACCUUGUGUUUUGAAUUUCAUCAAUUUUGAAAUCUUCAAACAAAUAGGAGAGGGUGCAAACACCUCACUUCUGUCUUAUUUGUUAAAAAUUUGAAUUAUCAUGGAAGAAACUUUUGUUCCCCUCCGUGGAAUUAAGAAUGAUCUCAAAGGAAGGAUCGUAUGCUACAAGCAAGAUUGGACUGGAGGUUUUCGUGCUGGUUUCAGGAUCCUAGCUCCGACAACAUACAUAUUCUUUGCCUCUGCUAUUCCAGUUAUAUCUUUUGGGGAGCAGCUUGAAAGAAAUACAAAUGGAAGUUUGACUGCAGUGCAAACCCUUGCAUCAACAGCACUCUGUGGUAUUAUCCACUCAAUUGUUGGAGGACAGCCCCUGCUCAUACUUGGAGUGGCUGAGCCAACUGUGUUGAUGUACACAUUUAUGUUCAACUUUGCCAAGGAUCGCAAAGAUUUGGGUCAGAAUCUAUUCUUGGCCUGGACUGGAUGGGUCUGCGUUUGGACGUCUCUACUGCUCUUCUUGCUGGCCAUUUUAGGUGCAUGCUCCAUAAUUAAUCGAUUUACACGUAUUGCUGGUGAAUUGUUUGGUCUGCUGAUUGCAAUGCUUUUCAUGCAGCAAGCUAUAAGGGGAGUUGUGGAGGAAUUUCGCAUUCCAAAGAGAGAAAAUCCUGAUCAGAUUGCACUUCAACCCUCUUGGCGAUUUGGCAAUGGAAUGUUUGCAUUGGUUCUGUCUUUUGGCCUUCUUUUUACAGCACUAAGGAGUCGUAAAGCUAGAUCAUGGCGCUAUGGUUCAGGUUGGCUAAGAGGAUUUAUAGCAGACUACGGGGUCCCUCUUAUGGUGCUUGUAUGGACUGGCGUAUCGUACAUACCUGUAAACGAUGUUCCAAGAGGGAUUCCAAGGCGACUUUUCAGUCCAAAUCCAUGGUCUGCUGGUGCAUACUCAAAUUGGACAGUUAUCAAGGAAAUGGUGGAUGUGCCUCCUUUGUAUAUAAUUGGAGCAUUUAUUCCAGCAACCAUGAUUGCUGUUCUUUACUACUUUGAUCACAGUGUUGCAUCUCAACUAGCCCAACAGGAGGAGUUCAAUCUGAAGAAACCAUCUUCCUACCAUUAUGACCUUCUUCUUUUGGGUUUCUUGGUAGUAUUAUGUGGUCUUCUUGGCAUUCCCCCUUCCAAUGGUGUGAUUCCUCAAUCCCCGAUGCAUACUAAAAGCUUAGCUACCCUGAAACAUCAGCUUUUGAGGAAUAAGCUUGUAUCAACAGUGCGGAAAAGUUUACAGAAAAAUUCAAACCUGAGUCAAUUAUACAGUAACAUGCAAGAAGCAUAUAACAAAAUGCAGACUCCACUUGUCUAUCAACGUCCAUCUGCUCUGGGACUGAAAGAGCUGAAAGAAUCCACAAUCCAACUGGCCUCAACCUCUGGGUACAUUGAUGCCCCUGUUGAUCAGACCGUUUUCGAUGUGGAUAAGGAUAUUGAUCAUCUUUUGCCUGUUGAAGUCAAGGAACAACGUCUCAGCAAUUUGCUUCAGUCAAUUAUGGUUGGUGGUUGUGUUGCUGCCAUGCCUCUCCUGAAGAAGAUCCCAACUUCUGUUCUUUGGGGCUACUUUGCCUUCAUGGCCAUUGAAAGCUUGCCUGGUAAUCAAUGCUGGGAGAGGAUAUUAUUGCUUUUCACUGCUCCAAGUAGAAGAUACAAGGUGUUGGAGGACUAUCAUGCAACAUUUAUUGAAACUGUUCCCAUCAAAACAAUUGCCACCUUCACAAUUUUCCAGACAGUUUAUUUGCUUGCAUGCUUUGGCAUAACAUGGAUCCCAAUAGCUGGGGUCCUUUUCCCACUGUUGAUCAUGCUUCUUGUUCCAGUGCGACAAUAUUUACUUCCUAAGUUUUUCAAAGCAGCCCAUCUUCAAGACUUGGAUGCUGCAGCAUACGAGGAAGCUCCUGCAGUUGCUUAUAAUAUGACAUGUGAAGAUCAAACUCAAUCUAGAACUACUGACAUUGAUGGUGGGGAAAUUCUAGAUGAAAUUGUUACAAGAAGCCGUGGUGAGAUCCGCCACAUACAGAGUCCAAAAAUUACCAGUUCAUCUCCAACUCCACUUCAGAAUAUAAACCCUUCUUACAGUCCACGGGUGUCAGAGAGCAUGUAUAGCCCCCGUGUCAGAGAAUUGAGGGGGAAACAGAGCCCCGGUUUGAGUGGAACAGGAAUUGAAAUAAAGCGUACUCCCAGUCCUGGACCAUCUGGUCUUGGACAAAGCAGUCAAGGUUCACCUCCAGUCUAAAGUCAUAAAUGCAGAAUUUGGUGUGUUUAAAAGUCAAUGGUGCUCGAGAGGUCUUGUGUGUUUCAGUCAUGUAACUAAGUUUUAGGUGUCUUGUUCCUCCUCUUCUAAUCCUACCAUGUUCUACUGUGACUUUUUCUUUUAUCUCUCAAAUAAACUGGGCAGAGGAAAUAUUUAUCGAAAUGAAAAAAAUGUUUUAUUAUA